GCGUCAGUCGCACACCAGCUGCCCGCGCACUCGGACGUGUUUUCGCAUCCGUUCUUGGGCCCCAUCUCGUACCGCCCAAUAGGCCAAAGAAUAACAAAUACGAAAGAGGCCAGCGGACUGGAGCUUAAUAUACGUAUAUAAUGUGACUGGACACGAUGGACUUCCAGAAUCGCAACAACACGGCCAACAAGUUCGUCUGCCCGAGCGACAGGCAACUCGCCCUGCGUGCCAAAUUAAAAGCCGGCUGGAGCAGCUCAAAGACCAGUGAACCUCUGCGCCCGGAGGAGCAGGAGGCCAUCAUCUCGGUGAUCCGGCGCAACGAGGAGAUCGAGGUGGCCGAGCGGCAGCGGGUGGGACGACUGGUGGAGCGGGUCGAGAAGAUCAAGCAGCAUGCCGUGGAGCGGGGGCCCAACUGCUGCCGCCUCUGCGGCGACACCUUCGGCAUCCUGCGGCCGCACCGCAUCCUGUGCGAGGACUGCCGCCAGUCGGUGUGCGCCAAGUGCAGCGUGGACAUCAACAUCCGGUACCACACCAGCGAGCGUUCCCGCGAGAUCUGGCUGUGCCGCAUCUGCUCCGAGACCCGCGAGAUGUGGAAGAAGUCGGGCGCCUGGUUCUUCAAGGGGCUGCCCAAGUACGAUAUGCCGCGCAGCGCCAGUGCCACGCCCAUUCCCACCCCAGGACCCGGAUCCAUGGCAGGAGACACGCGGGCCGUUCAAAGCUGCCAUGCGACGCCGACGCGUCCAGCGCGGGUGAAGAAGCUCACGAUCCGGGUGAACGACAGCAGCUCCAGCAGUAGCGGUCACUCGGAGCCGGAGGACGAGUUGGACGCCGGUGGCGUGGUGGGCCUAGUGGGCGGUGGAGGCGUGGCCAAGGGCGUAUCCUCCGCCGGCCGAUUGCAGCGGGAGGAUAGCUUCCGUCUGAGGGCCUAUGGAUCCAUACGCAGUUUCAUCGAUGGCGGCGAACGGAAGUUGUCCAACUCCUUCUUCUUCGGCCGCCAGCAGAGUCAAAGGCCAUCGGAGUGUCCGGAUUACGACAGCGUCAGCAUGUCCAAGCUGAGGCGUGAGAGCAGUUUCCUGCGUCGCGGCUCCGUCAGCUCCUCCUGGUCGAUCAGCGAUAGCUCUGGCUCCGGAUCCAACAACUCGGGCAACUCCCAGUCGCAAUCGCAAUCGCAGUCGCAGUACCAGCAGCAUCAUCAGCAACAGCAGCUGCACUGUCGGGAUCCGUUGCUCGGUUGGCUGGAGAUUGCCAUUAGCUAUCGGGAGGCCUUCCACAGCCUCGACUGCACCAUGGUGCGGGCAAGGGAUCUGCCGGCCAUGGAUGCCGCCGGACUGACGGAUCCGUACUGCAAGCUCAACAUCAUCACGCCGGAGGCGCACACCAAGUACACGCGAUGGCAGCGCACCAAGACGGUGCACAAGACCCGGAAUCCGGAGUUCAACGAAACGCUGCAGUUCGUCGGCGUGGAGCCCGAGGAGCUGGGCAACUCGCUGCUCUAUGUGGCCCUUUUCGACGAUGACAAGUACGGCCACGAUUUCCUCGGCGCAGCCAAGGUCUGCCUUUCCACGGUGCACAGCACUUCGCAAUACCGGAUUUCGGUGCCCCUGGGCGUGGAGGACCAGUACAGCAACGCGGCGGAGAUGGCCCAGAAUUGGCCCAACGGCAAGAUGCUGCUCUCACUGUGCUACAACACGAAGCGAAGGGCGCUGGUGGUGAACGUGAAGCAGUGCAUCAACCUGAUGGCCAUGGACAACAACGGCAGCUCCGAUCCCUUUGUCAAGAUCCAACUCAAGCCGGAUGCGCACAAGAACAAGAAGCACAAGACCAGCGUCAAGUGGCGCACGCUCAAUCCAAUCUUCAACGAGGAGUUCUACUUCGAGGCCAGUCCCCAUGACCUAAACAAGGAGAUGCUCAUCCUGACCGUCUGGGACAAGGACCUCGGCAAGAGCAACGACUUCCUCGGCAGCCUGCAACUGGGCGCCCAGAGCAAGGGCGACCGCCUGCAGCAGUGGCUCGACUGCAUCCGAUUGCCAGACCACUUUCACGAAAAGUGGCAUUGCCUCGCCCCCGAUAAUCCCGCCCACUGAGAGGACCCACCCAUCCAAUCCCCAACUCGAUCCACCCCAAUCCAGUUGAUUCGAUCUUAUCUGAACCGAUAUGGAUGUUUUCCUGUAAGACACAUUUUUACGAACUGAUUUCUCAGCCAAGUUUCGAGUCGUAAUCACACAACUAUAACGUUUACAAAAUAUAUUUCGAAUUUGGAUUUUUAUGGAAUACAUUUUGUAUCAGUUUAUUUCAAUUGAAAUAUAACUAGAAAACCAUAUCUAAGAUUUUAAGUAAACAACCUUUCGUAGUUUUCUUCAAAGCAGUGCUAGAACUUUUCAAUCCAUAUUUUGUGCUUUGAACAUCUAACACUUUAAGCAUUUUGAAAAUUCCAGUGGCGUUAGUAUUGUUUUUAUUUUAAUAACAGAUAACAGAUAAUAACAGAAUAACAGAUAGCAUCGAUUGUAUUUUUAAUAUGUCAGAAAAAAGGACAUAACUAAGCCGAGAAAUCAGGUCGCGAAAAUAAGGCUUUAGCUCCAAAUAUACACACAUAUAUAUUAGCAUAUACAUACAUAUAUAUUAUAUACAUAUAUUUUUGAUAAGCCUGAGUGGGUGUGAGUAAGCGAGAACAAGCUAAAGAGCGAGACAGCGCUAGGAAUGUUGUGUGUUUGAGUGACUGCUUUCCAAAAUCUCGUACUUAACCUCAAUUUUUCUAUGUCUAUACUUUGGCUCCUAACGACAUUUUUUACACUGUAUAUAGCUUAUUUAAGUGUCCUUAUCAAGGGUUAACCAACAUCAAAAUCUUUUCGAUUCAUUGCUAAAUUUAAUCUAUAUUCAAACGUAUACUU